GUGUUCCAUCCACCCCGAAAUAUUCAAGAAGAAAAGCCAUUUGAAUUUAGCAUAAGAUAUAAAUUUAUAAGUCAAUCGGAUGCUGUUGUCAGAUAUGGUUUGCCCGAUAAGCCCUUGGAGCUGGGACGUGUCACGCCCGGCACAUAUUGUACACGUCAAUUCGAUGAAUGCUAUCGCAACAAAUGCCGUUUGCAAAGUCCCAAUUAUCCUGGCAUGUAUCCGAGAAAUGUCACGUGCUACUGGACCAUACGGCAAAAAGAAGUUCCUACCAGCAAACAUGCCAUGAUUGCUGUCAGCCAAGAAAAUCAACAUAAAGCUUUAGUUAAGAGGUCCAUUGCAAGCUUUAACAAAACCUCGCGUUCAAUACGUGCCUGGUCGGAUUGCACCGGUGAACGUGAUCAUUUGAUAUUUUACGAUGGCAGUUCAACUAAUGAUCCGGUCUUGGCCAAAUAUUGUGGCGGUGAUUGGUUGCCAAAAGUUGUGUCACGUGGACCAGAGAUGUUAGUCGCCUUUCAUUCUAGUCCAUUUUCGGCACCCCUACAACAAGGAAUACCAAAUCGUGGAUUUGAACUAGAUGUGGACAUACUUUUUACCGAUUCCGAUUCAUAUGAUUUUGCUCAGGGAUCUAAAAAUCAAUGUGAAUUUCAUAUAAAUGCAACAAAUCCAGAUCUCCAAAAAGUAACUAUUGCUUAA